AUGGCUCCCGGAGAGAAGAUCAAAGCCAAAAUCAAGAAGAACCUGCCCGUGCGAGGCCCUCAGGCACCCACCAUCAAGGACCUGAUGCGGUGGUACUGCCUCAACACCAACACCCACGGCUGCCGCCGCAUCGUGGUGUCCCGCGGCCGCCUCCGCCGCCUCAUCUGGAUCGGGAUCACGCUGAUGGCCGUGGCCCUCAUUAUCUGGCAGUGCGCGCUCCUCGUGUGCUCUUUCUACACUGUCUCCGUCUCCAUCAAGGUCCACUUCCAGAAGCUGGAUUUCCCCGCUGUCACCAUCUGCAACAUGAACCCCUACAAGUACAGUGCCGUGCGUGACCUUCUGGCUGACCUGGACAAGGAGACCAGAGAGGCCUUGAAGUCCCUAUUUGGCUUUUCAGAGGUGAACUCUCGGAAACGUCGGGAGGCAGAACCCUGGGAGGGCAUGCAGCCCAAAUUCCUCAACGUGGUCCCGCUGCUGGUCUUCAACGAGGAGGAGGAGAGGGGCAAGGCCAGGGACUUCAUCACGGGCCGCAAGCGGAAAGUGAGCGGGAAAAUCAUUCACAAGGCUUCCAACGUGGUGCAUGUCCAUGACUCCAAGGAGAUGGUGGGGUUCCAACUGUGUUCCAACGACACCUCGGACUGUGCCACCUACACCUUCAGCUCGGGCAUCAACGCCAUCCAGGAGUGGUACAAGCUGCAUUACAUGAACAUCAUGGCCCAGGUGCCUCUGGAGAAGAAGAUCAACAUGAGCUACUCUGCAGAGGAGCUGCUGGUCACCUGCUUCUUUGACGGGAUGUCCUGCAAUGCCAGGAACUUCACACUCUUCCACCAUCCCAUGUAUGGGAAUUGCUACACGUUCAACAACAGAGAAAACGAGAGCAUCCUUAGCACCUCCAUGGGGGGCAGUGAGUACGGGCUGCAGGUCAUCCUGUACAUCAACGAAGAAGAGUACAACCCCUUCCUUGUGUCCUCCACGGGCGCUAAGGUGCUCAUCCAUCGGCAGGAUGAGUAUCCCUUCAUUGAAGACGUGGGAACCGAGAUCGAGACCGCCAUGUCAACCUCCAUUGGGAUGCAUCUGACCGAGUCCUUCAAGCUGAGCGAGCCCUACAGCCAGUGCACAGAGGACGGGGGUGACGUGCCGGUCAGAAACAUCUACAACGCGGCCUACUCCCUCCAGAUCUGCCUUUACUCCUGCUUCCAGACAAAGAUGGUGGAGAAAUGUGGGUGUGCCCAGUACAGCAAGCCCCUGCCUCCAGCUGCCAGCUACUGCAACUACCAGCAGCACCCUAACUGGAUGUACUGUUACUACCAGCUGUACCAGGCCUUUGUCCAAGAAGAGCUGGGCUGCCAGUCGGUGUGUCGAGAAACCUGCAGCUUUAAGGAAUGGACCCUGACCACCAGCCUGGCACAGUGGCCAUCUGAGGUUUCAGAGAAAUGGUUGCUGCCUGUCCUCAACUGGGACCAAAGCCAACAAAUAAACAAAAAGUUCAACAAGACGGAUUUGGCCAAACUCCUGAUAUUCUACAAAGACCUGAACCAGAGAUCCAUCAUGGAGAGCCCGGCCAACAGUAUCGAGAUGCUUCUGUCCAACUUUGGUGGCCAGCUGGGCCUGUGGAUGAGCUGCUCCGUCGUCUGCGUCAUCGAGAUCAUCGAGGUGUUCUUCAUUGACUCCUUCUCCAUCAUUGCCCGGCGCCAAUGGCAGAAAGCCAAGGAAUGGUGGGCCCGGAAGCAGGCACCCUCCGGUCCYGAGGCUCCUCCCCCUAGGCAGCAGGGCCAGGACAACCCGGCCCUCGACAUAGACGAUGACCUGCCCACUUUCACCUCUGCCUUACGCCUGCCUCCAGCCCCGGGGGCCCAGGUGCCUGGCACACCACCCCCCAGAUACAAUACCCUGCGCUGGGAGAGGGCCUUCUCCAACCAGCUCUCAGACACCGAGGUGCCUGAGGAGCCCUGA